UUUGUUUAGUUGGGGCGGUGGUAAGUGUCGUUAUAAUGCUUUCUAAAUAUCAUCAGAGCUUGGUUACCAAUUUUGAGCACUGGUUUUCGAUCAUUCAUCCAACCCCACGAAGAAACCUUACCUAAAAUCUAUCUGGGUUUCGUUUGUAAUAUUCGAGCUACUUAGCACGCGAUCGAACGCUGCAAUCUGUUUUGCAAAUCGGAUCAUUUUUCUCAGUCAAAUCCGAAGGGGAGGUUGGAUUUUUCCCAUCAGCAGUGUUUCGGGACAAAAUCAGAAUCUGGGUCGAUGGCUAGUCUCUAUGUGAAGGCUGUACCUCCGGCGGAUCUGAACAGGAACACAGAAUGGUUUCUGUAUCCUGGUGUUUGGACCACCUAUAUUCUCAUUCUCUUCUUCGUUUGGCUUCUCGUCCUCUCUGUAUUUGGCUGCUCUCCUGGCAUGGCCUGGACCAUCGUCAACCUAUCCCAUUUUGCUGUCACUUACCACUUUUUCCAUUGGAAGAAAGGGACACCCUUUGCUGAAGACCAAGGGAUGUACAACCGAUUGACGUGGUGGGAGCAGAUUGAUAAUGGAAAGCAGCUUACCCGCAACAGAAAGUUCUUGACUGUUGUUCCCGUGGUGCUGUACUUGAUAGCCUCACACACAACUGACUAUCAACAUCCAAUGUUAUUUCUGAACACGCUUGCAGUAAUUGUACUAGUUAUUGCCAAGUUUCCCCAUAUGCACAAGGUACGUAUCUUCGGAAUCAAUGCCGACAAGUGACGCUCACAUCCAAACAUUUCUGGUUGGGUUUGUCAAAAAGCGUCUCGUCCUCUCAAUCUGGUAAAAUGUUAUAUCUUUGUAUAGUAGUUGGGACUGGAAAGAUACUGAACAACUUGUAGUUUUUUUUUUUUUUUUUUUUGUUUUGUACUGACUGCUUGUUUCGCCUGUUGCUUAAUGAAUAAGUAAAUGCAGUUAUCUUUUACACAGUACA